ACAGAGAGAGGGAGACACACACAAAGAGAAAAGAGUUAGAGGGGGAGGAGGAAGAGAGAAGGCAAAUAGUCAGAAAGAGACUUGUUUGUGUACUUUACUGUGUUGACAUGAGAGGAAGCACCUCAUAGAUUCUUCAACGGAGUGGGAAGUUGAUCUUUAUUUUUAGCUAAAUUAGAAACUCUAAAAAUAAAAGGGAGUAAGGAAGAAAAGAAGAGAAAAGGAAGAAGAGAUGAAGGACUUUGUGCAGUCAGUAGAACUGGGGGUCUCUCAGCGGAAAAGACUCAACGUAACUCGACCCAGAGUUUGGCUGAGGAAUGAAUUUGUUCGUGUGGGACUUGCUGAAUCUCUUUGCACAUAUGUCAUGAUGGUGUUUGGCCUGGGGUCUGUGGCCCAGGUGGUGACGGGACAGGGAGAGUUCGGACAGUACAUCAGCAUCAACCUGGGUUUUGGACUGGGUGUUGCUAUGGGCGUUCAUGUUGGAGGGAAGGUCUCAGGGGCUCACAUGAAUGCAGCAGUGUCAUUCACAAUGUGCACGUUUGGCCGCCUUGGGUGGAAGAUGCUGCCUCUGUAUAUUUUUGCACAACUAUUGGGGUCAUUUCUGGCGGCGGGGACAAUCUAUGCUGUCUAUUAUGACGCCAUACAUGACUAUUGUGGAGGAAACCUGACUGUAAUAGGAGUGAAGGCCACAGCAGGUAUCUUUGCCACCUAUCCUGCACCGUACCUCUCCUUGCUGGCUGGAUUCAUUGAUCAGGUGUUUGGCACAGCUAUGCUGCUGCUUUGCUUGAUGGCUCUGUCCGACCAGAAGAACAAGCCGGCCGCAGCGGGCAGUGAGCCCGUCGCAGUGGGUCUCCUGGUGCUGCUCAUUGGCAUUUCUCUGGGCAGCAACAGCGGCUAUGCUAUCAACCCCACCAGAGACAUCGCACCCAGGGUCUUCACUGCCAUAGCAGGCUGGGGGCCCGACGUAUUCAGGGCUGGAAAUGGCUGGUGGUGGGUGCCUCUAGUUGCCCCCCCUAUUGGAGGAGUAUUGGGUGCGGGGCUCUACAGAGUCUUGGUGGAAAUGCACCACCCUCCCGUCUACGAACAGGGUGAGGGGUCAGUGGAGAAGUUUGAGGAGGAGACCGCCCCACUGGAAAAACAGGAAAACAUCUGUGCUAAUGCGUAUGUAUGAGACCCCCCAACUAUUUACAGCGUACGGCCUGUAAAGGUAUGUGGAUGCAGUCGAAACAUUCCAUGACGACGAAGGGUUAAAAGGAAAAUAGACCAAAAAACAAAUUGCUUGGAUGGAGGACAGAAGGACUUUCACAAUAAGAGAGACUGGCUCAAAUAAGGGUUUAAACAAGCAAUUUGAAAAGGAGUCUGUUUUAUGUAAUUAAUUUCAUCAUCAACCAUCGUAACUCAACUAAAAGUUUCUGCAACACAUAGAAAAUAUAUUAGAUAUUUUAAAUCGUGACGCUGACAUCUAUGCUCCAAUCAAUGCUAGUUAUAGUAACUACAUGAAGGACAAAAAGGUUGAAAGUUAAGACACAUUUUAAUGAAUGGGAGAUGAAAAAAAACACACUUCAUGGCUCGUAUAUUUCAUGUUUAUAUUAUUGAGGUAAUAGCAGCUGAUAUAACCUUGGAGACAACAUAAAUAUCAUCCAUCAUAACAAUCAACAGGAGUUCAUGAGAUUACAGUGUAUGUAAAGAAAAGUAAACAGCCCCCCUACAUUGCACUUAAAUAAACAUGUCUUUAGGAAAGUAAAGUAGGAACAGCAGGAGUUGCCUCCUCACAGCUUGACAGGGCAGCUGCAGCACAACCAAAGAUAAUACACACAUUCAUCUUCACAACAAUCCAGUGCACAGCAGCCUAAAGCUAAAAAGUGGAAAUGUGUCUUGAUUAACUUUGUCGGGGCUCCAAAGUACUUGAACCGAAAAGUUAAUCCUAGAUAUCUAUUAAGUCUGCUCAGCGGUGUACUUUUGGCAUCAAGAGCCCUAAAUGGACGAAGCUAUAGCAUACUUUAUAUCUCUGAAAUGCUGGAAUAUAACCCCCCUCACAUCAGUUCAUUAAUAUGGAGUCAUUAGAGCAGAUGUCAUUAUUUAUGUUUGUGAAGUUAACAGAGGGAAGCAGCAUCAGCGAGGCACUGCAGUGAUGCAACGGCCAGUUAGUCACUUUUUACUGAAGCCUAUAGCUUGAUGGUUUAUUGUCAGUCUUUGAUAAUGUAACAUGUAAAAAGAUUUGCAUGCUCUCGAAAGUCUUGAGGCAUUUAAGGCUUCCGUCGAAUGCAUACAGCAGUUUCCACUGACGCUCGAACAUUUUCAGGGAAUCAUGACAUCUAUUUCUUUCUGUAAUCAUUUCAUAUUGUAGAUACAAAUCCGUCAACCAUACAAGCACUUUUACUGCCACAACUGAAACCGACACUGUAUUAUUUUCAUUCUUACUGUUUCAUUCAGUUUUACAGUCACAUAAACAUAGAAAUUUGUUAUUUACCUAUUUUUCUUUGAAAAUUGUAUAUAUUAUAUAUAUAUACUGUAUAUUAUUGUUGUAUGAUAUUGAAAUAUUUAAAACAACAAACCAAGCCUAGUGAUAUUAACUACAGAUAUAAACUGUGUCCUUAUUUGUUACUACAUGUCAGGAUUAUUUGUCAUGUGUCAGCAGCACAUGAUCAUAUUUUAUGAAAUGGCUGCUUUUAAUGAUUUUUACCACUAGGUGUCACUAGUUAACAGUGUUAAAUGAGGCUUUGAAGCAUCUAUUGGUGAUGCCAUUGGCUGGAAAGCCUCAGCGUUUCAGAAAGACCUCAUUCUUCUAUCACUUAGCAGUGAAGGGUAAACAUAAAAUGAUCAUGGUGUUCCUUGUGUUUUUGAAAUGUAUGACAGGCCAACACUUUUACAUGCCAAGUUGCCUCCACCAGCUGGUAUCACUUAAGCCUUGUGUUGGAAAAUGCUGGUUAUGUAUCCGUUUAGACAUGCAGCUUUCCAAACUUAGUUUCAGACAACAUUUUCUCAUGGAGCUGCUAACAAACCGAAUCCAGCCAAUGGUGGAAUUGCAGGUGGCUCCUGUAAGCCAUGCUGGUUGUACAGACAGUAAAGUUGGUUGAAAUGUUUUCCUUGGAUGGGAACAUCCUCACCGCUUUCCCCCACUGUGUCUUCCCGUGCUGCCUUGGCUCUUUGCAGCACUCCCUAAGGUGCACUGUGUCGACUGCUUCUUCUUGGGGACGGGUGUCUUGGCUUUGCCUCUGAAGGCCUUUGUAGGAUCCAGCUUGUUGAGGUGGGAAUCUCCAGCAGGAUCGGCAAAGCUGAGCUCGCUGCUGAAAGUCAGCGGCUGGUACAGCGAUGCCCACUGCUGUGGAGGGAACAGGAGGUAGAUAGUUUAAAAUGCUGUUUGUAGUUAUGUGGACUCAAAAAUAACCCUUACAGGAAGUGAGUGUAACAGUAGGGACUCCACAAAGGAACUGCAAGAACUCCCACUACUUGCAUUCCCAGGAACAUUUGGGGUACAAUGUGUAGAAGUAUAAAAAACAUUUUCGUGCUUUGUGUAAGUGUCUUAAAACUAUCAUCUUGCUAAAGUGUUAAAUCAGCCAACAUUGCAGUAUACUGUGAAGGAUCAGGAUGAAUAAAAUGGAUUUUAUACACCUG